CUGCAUCUCCAUCUCUCCAUCCCCUCCAUCUCCCCUACAGCCUGGCGCACCCCCCAUCCACCCGUCCUUUCAUCCCCGCCGCGUACCCUUCAUCACCCCCGACAUACCCCGUCCCUCGGUCACCCACCAGCCCUUUUCAUCCACCCUCCUCCCGAACAACAUCCGCCAGGGAGACCCUCAUCAUGGCACGAGACAGGCUUGGUAACGUCAACCGCCAAUACGGGUCCGUGCCUCCUCUUGUGAUCCAGACCGUAAUUGACCCUAGACUAUAGCGAACAGCCCAACCCAGCCCCUACCUACCCUCCUCCAGGAAACGGCGUGAUCGCCCCCUCCCGCGCGCCCAACCCCUAUGCCCAGCAAAACACCGCGUACGGUGCCAAUGCCGGUAACCCUUACCAAAACCAGGGCGGCGACCCUUACGCCGGUGCUGCCUACGGCCAGCAGCAAGGCUACGCCAUGGGCGGCGUCAAUGGCGGUGGCGGAGGUGAUUUCUGGACCGAAUUGACCAACACCAACUCUGCCCUGAGUCAGCUCCAGGAGCAGAUCCAGGCUGUCAGGCAGGCGCACCAGGCGAGCUUGUCGUCCACCGACCCCGAGGCUGCCGGGUACGCUGCCAAGCUCAACGACCAGGCGCGUACUCUGCGAGAAGAGUGCAAGGACCAGAUCAAGCUGCUCUACAAGUCUGCCAAGGGCGACCGUGCGCAGAGGACGCAGGCGGAGGGUGUCAAGACCCGAUUCCAGGGUCUCUUGCAAGAGCACCAGGUGAUUGAAAAGGAGUUUAGGAAAAAGGUCAAGGACAGAGUCGAGAGGCAGUACAGGAUUGUCAAGCCUGACGCGACCGAGGAUGAGAUCAGGCAGGCUACCGAGUCUGACAAUCCUCAAGUGUUUUCUCAAGCCCUGUUAAACUCGAACCGAUACGGUUCAGCCCGAGGCGCUUUCCGAGAAGUCCAAGAACGUCAUGCCGAAAUCCAAAAGAUUGAAAAGACCCUCACAGAACUCGCCCAGAUGUUCCAGGAGAUGGCCAUGCUCGUCGAACAGCAAGACGAGACGAUUGUCAAUGUCGAGCAGCAGGCGCAGGGUGUUGACCAGGACAUCUCGGCGGGACUAGUACAGACGGACCGGGCGGUGGAGAGUGCCCGAAAGGCCAGGAGAAAGAAGUGGAUCUGCUUCUGGAUUGUCGUCGCCAUCUUGUGUAUCAUUGCCAUUAUUCUCGGUGUCUACUUUGGUGUUACCAAGAAGAACUAAUCCUCCCACAACUAGCCUCUUUCAAUUUUUAGACUUUACGACCUGCUUUCUGUUUGUAUCCUCCUGUUUGACAGAGGAUGGCCUUGACAUUACGCCCCAAAAGUUCUACGCGAUACUUGUUUAUUUGUUUCUGAUGUACUCGACACGUAAUGGGAAAGGUGCAGUACAUAUGUCUAUACCAGUACAGUAACUUUUAGUAAUGCAUUCUGGAUCAUCUCUCGAGA